UGUGUUGUGAACGAAGCUGUGAUGUGUGAUCGUAGUUGUCAUGUCCGAAAUCCAAGAUUUUAUAAAUGUAUUACUUUGACUUUAUGUGCUAAUCACUGAUUUGAGAAAAUUGGGAAGUACUCUACUAUUGUAGGCAAUGGCUGCUGAUGAGCCUCCAUAUUUGACAGUGGGCACUGAUGUUAGUGCAAAAUAUAAAGGAGCAUUUUGUGAAGCAAAGAUUAAAAAAGUGAACAGAGUUGUUAAAUGCAAGGUGACAUUCAAAAAUAAUUUGGGAUCAUUUAUGGUCACUGAUGAUCAGAUUAAAGGUUCACUAAGGAUUGGAUCAGAUAUUGAAGCUAAGCAUCCAGAAAAAAGUCAAUACUUGGAGGCUGUUAUAAAUAAAGUUCAAGAUUACAGCCAGUAUACUGUUGUUUUUGAUGAUGGGGAUGAAACAACAUUACGACGUACAUCUCUGUGUUUAAAAAGUGGACGACAUUUUGCCGAAAGCCCAACAUUAGACCAGUUUCCAUUGACAAACCCAGAGCACUUUGGUACUCCAGUCAUAGGAUCUGGAAAAUAUAAGCGCAAAAGGCGAUCCACUCUGAAUUCUUCUUUGGAUUAUGAAAGCAGCGAUGAUGAAGUGCUUCCACGAAAAUUAAAGGCAAUUCGAGGUAAAGAGCGAGAUCCUGAUCUUGGGAAAGUGGUAUGUGUUGAUUAUGGUGACAGAAGGAAAAAAGAUAAUUGGUAUCCUGGUCUAAUUGUCCCUCAUCCACCACAAUCAAACAUCAAGCUAUCGAAAGAAGAGCACAUGAUAAGAUCUUUCAAAGAUGGAAAAUACUACCAAGUUCCCAAGCGGGAUACACGGGAAUUCACUCGGGAUAACAUUCACAAGAUUGAGAAUAAUGCACUUAAAGUCGCUGUGGACAAAGCUAUUUUGUACUUAGAAAAAGAAGAAUUACCUCCCCACUGGGAUAAAGCUCUAUUUUUAAAUUUAGAGCUACCAUCUGCUGAUGAAGAUAGCAAUGAUUCUGACUCAGAUUCGUCUGAUGAUGAACCAAGUGAAGAAAAGGACAGAUUUGUUGCCCAGUUGUACAAGUUUAUGGAUGAGAGAGGAACUCCAAUCAACAAAGCCCCUACUGUUAGUAACAGAGAUUUGAAUCUGUACAAAUUGUUCAAAAUAAUGCAUAAACUAGGAGGUUAUAAUAAGGUUACAAACAAAAACAAAUGGAAGGCAGUGUAUUCAAAAAUGGGAUUGCCAGCAUCAAAUGUAAAUGGACCUAACCAAAUAAAAUUUGCUUAUAAAAGGUAUUUACAAAGUUUUGAAGAUUUUUAUAGGAAGUUAGGAUGUACCAUGGUAUCCAACAGUCGUACAACCAGAGGACGCCAUAGAUCUGAUCGUAAUUUUAUUAUCACUCGUACUAAGGAAAAGGAUACUGCUUCUCCUAAAAGUCGAAACUCCAAGGACAAAGCUGUUACUGAAAAAAAAGUAGAUGAAAAAGCUAAAACAAAUGAGAGAAAAGACACAAAAUUGGAAGAAAAUGUUAAGUCUGAGGAAAAAGGUAAGAGCCCAGACAAAAAGAAACCUGAACGACUUCGUACUGAUGAAAAAGAUAAAGAUGAGAAGAAGAAGCGUGAAGAAAAACCUAGACUAGUGAGACAGCAAUCUCUCAACAAAGAUAAGAAAGAUAGUGUUAAAGAAGAGGAAAAGAAAGAUACAAAACCAGAAAAGGCUAGAACAAGGGAAGAUGCAAGAAAAGAGAAAAAUGAAAGUCCAGAGAAAAAAGGGACAAGAUCCAGUGUUAAGAUAGAAUUGGAACGAAAAGAGCGGGAAGAAGCCUUAAAGGAUAAAAAAGAAAAAUCCCCAAAUGAGAAAAAUAAAAAAGAGGAAAAGAUACAGAAAGAUGUUAAGGAAGAAAAACCAAAGGAGAAGAAAGAAGAAAAAAUUAACAAAGAGAAGAAAGUUGUAAAAGAAAAGAAAGUUGAGGAAAAAUCUGUUAGAGAGAAACGAGAAAAUGUUGUCCGCGAAAAGAAGGAAGAAAAAGUUGUGAAAGAAAAAAGAGAUUCUUCUAAAGAGCCAAAAGAAGAAAAAGCAGUUAAAGGAAAGAAGGAAGACAUUAAAAGUCCUGUUGAAGAAAAGCCCAUUCCUAAAAAGAAACUUGAUCGAGUUGCCAAAGAAAAAAAGGAAGAAAAAUUAGUUAGGCCUAAAAGAGAAGAUAAAUCUCCAUCUUCUGAUACUUGCAAGAAAAUUGUAGAAGAUACUGAUAGUAAAAGCAUAAAAGAUGAGAAGCAAAUUAAAUCAGAGCCUGAAAUAAAGAAGGAAGAUUUACCCGUAAAAGAAAAACCUCGGCCAAAAUUGAGAGAAAAGAGAGACGAUGCUCCUAAUAGUGAAGAUGGAGAUGCAAUGAAUGAGGCUGAGAUUUCAGAUGAAAAAGAUAGUACCUCACAGGACGACUUUGAAAGACAAGGUCCAGGGUCACAGUUAAAGGGAGAUGAUUGUGAUGAACCUCCAAACAAAGGCAAGAGAAGAUCUUUAAAAUUGGAGGAUAGAGAUGAUAAAGAGUCACUCCCUGGUUUUACAGAUUCUGAUGAUGAAUUUGGUAAUGAUUCUGAAAAAAGCUUUAAUAAAGAUGUUAAGCACAAUGAAAUUGAAAUUGGUGAUCGUGUCAAAGUCAAGUACGGAAGAGGAAGAAUGCAAAAAGUAUAUGAAGCUAAAGUUCUAAAAAUAGAAAUGGAAGGUCAAGAAAAAAGGUUUUAUGUUCACUAUGCUGGAUGGAAUAUGAGGUAUGAUGAAUGGGUUCGUAAAAGCUAUAUUGUUGCAGUUAUUAGCAGUAACAAACAAAAAGGCGAAGGCUCUUCUAAGAGUCCUUUGCCAUCAACUAACGUCAAGAAAAUUGACCGAGGUAAACCACCUGGGGUUAUGCUAAAUACAAAGCCUGUACGCAAGAAUUCAACAAGUAGCACAAAUUCAUCAGUAUCAUGCUCUCGAGCAACCCGAUCAGAUAAGAAAUCCUUAAGUUCACCACUAUCUAGUGGUUUAGAGCCUAAAAAGAGAACUCGAAGGAAGUCUGGUACUACAAUUGGCUUGACAGAUACAUCACAAGAUUCAGAAAGUGAUGUUGAAGAAGAUUUAGAUGAUGAUGACGUAGGAGAUGCUGAUAUUGAAGACAAUGCACUGAAUCAAAGUGAUUGCUGUUUUAAAGAAGAGCUUUUUAGUGAUGAUGAAGAAAAAGAAAAACUUGAAGAUGUAAAACGAGGUGACAUAACUGAAUUAGAGAAAGCAAUUUCUGUCGAAGAAAGUACUGAUGAUAUGAAAGAUGAAUUUUUGCCUUGUAUUUCAAAAGUUGCUGAUUCUUUUGAAAAUAAGCCUGUUGAAAAUGUUUGUAAAACAGAAGAAAAUGUAGUGAAAGAACCAGAAAAAGUAAAAGCAGAAAUGAAAGACAGUUGUAAGGAUAAUAGUAUUGUUUUAUCUAAAGAUAUAAAGGGCGAACCUGAUACUUCUGUACUGUCUGAUAUUUCUCCAGUCACGAUUGCUCCAAAAAAUUAUUCUGACAUCAUCAAACCUUCUAAAAUCUUAUUUCCAGCCUCUGCUGAACAAAAGGAAGUAAAAACUGAAAAGUCAUCCAUUCUCCCCACUUUAAUCAAUCCUUUGCCUUCAGUAAAAUGUAAUAUUGAUGGAACUGAUUCUUCUUCCAAAAAUACUUCUUUUAAUUCAACUUCCAGUACAGUUACGACUAGUGCAAACCUAAUUCCAGUGAAAAAUGCUUCAGUUUCGCUUGUUGCACUUCCAUCAGUUUUUAAACCUACAUCUGCUUCAUUAAUUUCUUCGAGUAUUAAAACUGCAUCUCUUUCUUCAACCAUUAAAAGUAGCUCCUCGCCAAUACCUUCACCUAUUAUUAAAACUGCAUCUUCUUCUCCAAACUCUUCAUCAGCCAUUAAAAACGCACCUCUUUCUUUAUUAUCUUCAUCGAGUAAUAAAAUUGCAUCUACUCCUUUGAUUCCAUCUGCAGCCACUAAAGCUACUCCACCAGCUGUUGAGCUUACACCUCCUGUUACUAAAGAAAUGUCUUUAAGUACUCACUCUAUAUCUUCAGCUGUAGUUUCCCCUUCUUUAAAAUCUACAACAUCUGUUGCUGAACCUUCUACUCCUAGCAAAAGCACUUUGAGUUUUUCCGGUCUACAUGGAUUGAUAGAAAAAUGUGCAUUUGAAAAGAUUGUUGCUCCUGAAAAAUCAGCCAUGGAAAAUCUGAGCAAAAUUGUUUCAACUGAAAGUGCUACUCCAAGUUUCAUUUCAAAGUCUAAUAUACUGUUCGACUCAAAGUUAAAAUCGUCCUCUAAUUUAUUUAAGUGUGAACGAUCAAUUCCAUCUGGUUUUAUUCCUGUUUUGAAUGCUCCACAAAAGUUGGAUUUUGGGAAAAAAGAAAACUUAGGAGCUCCAAUAGUUGCUCCAAAUAUAUUUUGUCCUGUUAAGCCGUCAAAUGUUGUGACACAAAGUAAAGAAAUGAAAGAAGAAGGAUUAGAGAAAAAAGUUGUAAAGAAAGAUUCAACUGAUGACAAAAUUCCUGCUAAGCAAAAAGAUGACUUUUUCCCCAAAUUUUUGGAAAAUAAGCCUGCAGUUCCUUCUUUAUUACCUUUUAAAACUGGCACUUUGAGUCCUGCAAAAUUUAGUUGCAGUCCAUCUCAAAAUGAGAAUAAGCCUAAAGAUACUUUUGAUUUACUAGUCGAAAGUAGUAGUGGAUUUUCAUCUAAAGAACCUAAAAAUGUUGUGAAUAUUUCUGAUAAUGUUUUCUCGCUUUCAUUUUCUAAUCCAAGCCCUAAAGAAACUCUUGAACAGCCAUUCAAACUUUCAACCUCAUCUGAAAAUCCAUUUUGCAUCAAACCCAAAUCAACAGAUACUGUUGAUUUAAGCAAAACUAUACCAAGCAUUUUGGAAAGAUUAAAGAAAGAUGUUGCUGGACAAAAAAUUACUGAUUCUCCUCCACCACAAAAGGAAGAACUUAAUUUUGACUUUCUUAGAGGAUCUCAAGAUUCUUCCAAGUGUUUGUCGAGAUCAGACUCAUCUAACUCUUUGAGGAUAUGUGAAGAUAUGAGUGAUACAAACGAUUCUAAUACAGAUUUGAAAGAUGUAAUAAUUAGUGAGAAAUGUGAUGUUUCUAAUGAAGUGACUUCCAAAGCUGAAUUAUCAGUCAAGAAUUCUAAAGAGACCAGUUCUGUCAAGAAAUCAGAUACUGUUCCUGCGUUAAAUUUAUCACCAGUUGCAGAAGAAAGUAAUAGUACCAAAUCUGAGGAUCCCAAACCUAAUCAAAAAACUUCAGUUAUCACGCCAUUGCCCCCUCAAUGCUCUGAUUCAAUUAUUAAGGAGGAAAAUGAUCUUUCUAAGGAAUGCGUUUCUGAUACAAAUGUUGCAUCUGACAGUUUUGAAACAAAAAGCAUGCCAGAAUUUCCAAAAACUGAAGAAGUUGAAAAGGAUAUUCAUUCAACUGAAAGUAAUAGUAGCACUAGUAAAUCAGAAAUUGAAAAAAUGGCUCCAGGUUUUUCGUCCAAGGCAGCUGAAGCAUCUGUAAAAGCCUCUGAAAGUAUUUCGCCACUCUUUCCGUCUGAUGUAGCAGAAGUUGAAAAAUCAAACACUGAUCCUAAAGAAAAUCAAAAUUCACUCUUUGAUGAUUUGUUAAAGAUAAAGUGUUCAAGCAGUUUUACUCAGAACAGUGUCAUAAUGCGUACUCCAGAAACUACAAAAAUAACCAGUUCUGAACCUGUUGAAAAUGAUGUGAAAAAUGAUGCGAAAGAUACAAUUGAAAGUACUGAUGCUACCACUACUAACGAAGAUUCUCUUGCAGCAAAUGAAUCUUCUAUUCUACCAAAAGAACCACUUACAUCAUCUGAAUCGACUUCUUCACCAGAAAAAAGUACUUCUGAUAAGGUAAUGGAUGUGUGUUCAGAUUCUAAUGUGAUACCUGAAAGCAAAUUAACAUGUGAAGAUAAUCUUAGUAAUAUUGAAGACGGAAGUCAUUCUUUGAUAUCUAAGAAAGAAAGUAAAAGAAAAAAGUUAAGUAAGAAAUUAGUCAAAAAAUUUGGAAACUUCGAUGAUGACAAAGACUGUAAAGGAAAAGAAGGUAAAAGUAAAUCUAAGAAGAAAUCAAAAUUUGAUGAGGAUAUGGACAAAAACAAGGAUUUAGAUAAAAUCAGAGCUAAGAAACUGAAGAAAAACAAAAAUAAGAAGCGUUUUGCCAAGCAUGAAGACCAGCUCGGUGAGCAUUCUAAAAAAGCAGAAUUUAGUGAUGAAUUUAGAGAUUCAAGUUAUGAAAAAAUAAAACGGAAAGAAAAAAGGAAAGGGGACAAGAAGAUGAUGAAAUCAGAGUUUGACUCUAAGGGAGAACUGGUCAAAAAGAAAAAGGGAAAGAAAAACCGUGACAAAUUCGGCAAUGAUAGGAAAGACUUUUCCGAGAAAAAAACAAAAAAGAAGAGGAAGAUACAUUUAGAAGAUAAUCAGGAUACAGACUCUGAAAAAGACACUGUACCUAAAAUGCUUGAUAAGAAGAAAAAGAAAGAUAGGAAAAAGUUUAAAGCUAAGGAGUGUUCCUCUUCGGAUGAUGCAACAGAUAAGUUUUUCGGUGAGCAAAGUAAGGACUUAAAUACCCUUUCAUCUCGUCCCGAGAAUUUGUUGAGGCAAGAAUCAAAGAGUGACGACCCAGAUAUGUCAUUUCUCUUAUGCGAAGAGAAAGUGCCUGCAAGUCCUGUUGAUAUCAGCAAUUUAGGUGAUGACACUUCUGGCUCGUCAAGUGUUGAAGGAAAUAGACUCAAUGAAAUGGAGCGGCUUCCCUUGGCUAAUGUGUAUCCUUGCAUUGAUCAUAUUGAAACUUCCGAUCCUGUAAAUAAGCAUAGCAUAGUCACCAGUGCUGUUUUAGAUAAUACUCCACCGACAACACCAUCAAGCACUGAAUCACUUCUUUCUAGUUCUCCUUCUCAUGAGAGAGAUUCAUUUUCCAUGAACUAUCCUGAGAGUACUCAGUCUGGUCGUGAAUCUUGUGAAGGUGAUUCUGACAUAUUCCGAGUGAAUGCUAAUAGAACUGUUAUGCGUGGAAGUGAAGAAUACCGGGCUGCUGCUACUUUGGCUUUUGCCGUAUGCAAGUCGGUUUCGGAAAGGCCGCCAAAGGAAGACAUUUGUCAGAAUUUCCCUAAAAGGCCUAAAGUCGAGCCUGAUGAUCAUAUGUCUUCGAAAAGGAAAAAGAAAAGUAAAAGAAUGAGAAGGACUUCAGAAUCGGCAAAAUCACCCAGGCACAAAUCAUCUUUCUCAAGAAUGCCUAAAAUUGAGAACUGCGAGGACUCAUCUGGUGCCUCUCCGGCUACUUCAAAUUCACCCCCAUAUGGAAGUACCUCCAACAUAAACUUCACUCGAUGUUCACCAAGUAGGCUAUCUGUAGUAGAUGGGAUGUCCAGAUACAAUUUCUAUGUUCCUCUUCAUGAUAAAGAUCCCGAGAAAAGGAUAGCUGUGAUCCAAGAAAAAAUGGCAGAGUUGAGGAAAGAAUACAUGGCUCUUAGAGCAAAAGUCAUUGCAAUAGACCACAAAAGAAGAAAAGCACGAAAAAGAAUCAGAGAAGCAGCUGGUACAACUAACUUGAACACAUCUGUACAAUCUGAAGAUGGUCAGAGUUGUUCUUAAUAUACCUUAUCAAAUGCAAAUAAUUGUUUGUAUUGUAAUUUUAAUGUAAGAUUUUAUGUAGUAAGUAAAGAGAGCUGCCUAGUUUCAGUAUGGGUUGUGAACUGAAUCAGAUACGUUAAAUUACAUAUGUUGUUCAUUUUUUUAAAUAAAAUUAAUUUUAAUAAUAUUUUAAUGAAUUCAAUAUUUUAAAUCCGUAGCCAUCUAUAAAAUUAUCAUACCCAUAUGAUCAUUGUUGGUUUUAACAAGCUUAGAAUUUGUAUGUUUUAAAAUAUAAAUAGUGUGUAUAGCUAAUAGUAAAUAUUGCUAUACAUAUUUUUUAUUUUGCUUAUUAUCAUUUUUCUAACAAGUAUUCUGAUUCAGUUUUCAAUCAAUACUAUGUUUCCAGUGUAAGAAACAAGGCCCAAUUGAGAAUCUGUAUAUAAAAUUUUAUUAUGAAUGAAUCUAUGCAAUUAAAUUACUAGUUUUUUAAAAACAUUUUUGGGUUAUUUUGCGUGGUAAAACACUGAUGCUACUUGUAAAUUAAUACUCCAAUUAAUUAUGCAUUGGCAUUUUUUAAAAUUUAGCUUAAUUUUAAAAACAAUAUUGCAACUCAAAGUGAUAUAACUUUCCUUUUAUAUAAUUACAUCUAUACUAUUUUAACUGUCUUUUAUUUAAGUUUUAUGUAGUGUUCAUCCUUUUACCUUGCUUAGCAAAAUAAUAUAAUAUUGUAUCAGGUAAAGAUGAUUUUUUGUAAAAAUGCAUUUAUUUUUAAAAUCGACUUGUAUUAAAUUAAUUUUAGCAAUUGUUUAGAACAGCAAAUCUGGAUACAAUUUUCCGAAAACCUUUGGGAAUCCUUAAAAUUGAGUACCAAAAUCUUAAUAUCUAAAUUACAAUUAUUAAUGUUUAAAAUUAGCAAAAAUUUUCUUAUUUAUAUCAGCUAUUCAGCAAAGUUACUCAGCUAAUUUUUAAAUCAUUUUGCAAAAAUAAGCUUUGUAUAAUAAUAAUUUAUUUAAUAUCAACACUAAUUAUGCCUAUUUCAAAUUAUUAAUUAACCAGAAGUUUUAGUAGCUACAUAAUUUAACAAAAUAUAGCUUUGAAGCAGAAAGUGAACAAACCAAACUCCAUCAGUUUAUGGAAUCAGAAUAUAUCUAAGGAUCUGUUCAUUUACAGCACAUUAUUAAAAGCAACAGAAAAAUUAAUUUGUGUACCAUACUGCUUUGGUUAUAUUAUAGUUAUAUUUGUGCAGUAAAAAAGCAUUCAAUCAAUGUUAUUGUUUGGAUGUUAAUCUCUUGAAAAUUAACAACUAAUGUUUGCAGUUUCGUAGUGAAAAGCAAAAUUUUGUAGUGAAUAAUAAGUUUUUAAUGCAUUAAAUAAAUAAAUAUAUAUAUAUUGGGCCAUUCCAUGAAAAAUGGUCAUUUGGUCUUGCAUGUGACGAUUCGUGUAUUUUAUUAAAAAUAAUAAUUUUAAAAAGGUAUUUUGAACAAAAUUUUGUUAUAUAAUAAAUCACACAUGUAUGUGUGAUUUAUUAAGUAAAAAGUUUCAUUAUU